CCCCCUUAUAAAGAACUCGGCAUAGAGCAAAGACGAGUCACUUUCUCUCUCGCGCGCCGUGUUCCGUACGAUUUUUACGAAACUGUUACACAAUUGUUUCAACUUGUUCCAGGCCGUCCAAAAAAGCGACAAAACAUGACGAGCCCGGUCGUGAUCUCAGCCACAGCUAAGCACACGGCAACGUUAAUAUUUUUCCAUGGCUUGGGUGAUACAGGACAUGGCUGGGCCAGCUCCAUGGGUGCAGUACGAUCUCCUCAUGUCAAAGUUAUUUGCCCUACAGCGCCCACAAUGCCAGUAACGCUUAAUGCAGGGUUCAGAAUGCCUUCCUGGUUUGAUCUACGCUCUUUGGACUCCAGUGGUCCGGAGGAUGAAGAAGGUAUACGUAAGGCUGCUGAGACAGUUCACUCGUUAAUAGCAGAGGAAGUUGCAGCUGGGAUACCCACUACACGCAUCGUUCUUGGAGGAUUCAGUCAGGGUGGCGCACUAGCCAUGUUCAGUGCCCUUACAUUCCCAGAGCCUUUGGCUGGUAUUAUAGCUCUAUCCGCAUGGCUUCCUUUACAUCAAAAAUUUCCAGUGGAAGCAAUAGGUAAUAAAAAUACUCCACUGCUACAAUGUCACGGCGAUUGUGAUCCAAUUGUGCCAUAUAGAUGGGGUCAAAUGACAGCAUCUCUUCUAAAACAAUUUAUGACGCAAACAGAAUUCAAAACGUAUCGAGGAAUGAUGCAUGCAUCUUCCGAGGAGGAAAUGCGUGACAUAAAGAAAUUCAUCGAAAAAGUUCUGAAGCCGUAAUAAAUCAAAUUAACACAUAUUGAUAUUUUAUCGGCUACUUCAAGCAUCUAACUGUACAUUAUAUUGAAAUAAUUCCAACUUUGCGAUUAUUUAAUUUGAGUAAAUUAUAUGAACUUUAAAGGGAGACGUUAAGUAGAAAAUCGUUGACAAAUCUUCCAAAAUAUUGAGAUACAAGGCUAUGUAGGAAAAACAUACUUUCUAGAGGAAUAUAUUUAUAAUUUGUAUAUCCAAACACUUCUCAAUAUUUUAAUGUAUUAAAGCAUUCAUAUAGCAAUACUACAAAUUAAUCCAUGUAGUCAUUAAUUCUUUUGCAUCUAUAAAUUGGCAUUUCUCAAUUUUUUGAUACUUAUAGUGUCUAUACAUAUACUAAAUAUACAUAUAUUUACAAAUAUGUAUAUAAGUAUGUAUGUAUCAAACAAAUACAUUGUAUUUAUUUGUACUGCUACUGAUGCGGUGAUAAAUUAUUCAACAGUAGUACGAAGAUUGAUGUUUAUUCAUUUUUGCGGUUUAAAUCUGCGACAAUAGUAAAUUUAUAAGUAAACUUAUGUAAGGUUUAAGAUAAUGUUAAGUUAUGCUAGGCAAAGAGCUUUCUGCGUCAGCUCUUCUAUUUACAAAACUUCCAUUUCUUUUGCGCCUAAAUUGCGUUUUGGAUAAUUAUUGUUUGAAUGUAAACGAAAUACGUCCAUGAAGCACUUAAGUAAUUCGCGUGUUUCAGCAGCUAUGAACCUUUUGCAUUCAAAUUUCUAUUUCACGCGACUUAGGCCCGCAACGUAAAAUGUUGCUAAUGAAUCACUUUUGUAGCAAGUAUUGUCUAGGAGACAGUGAUACGGCCAUGUAAUCUGUGAUUACACAUUGUAUUGUUGAAAUCUACCAAAUUCAUUAUUUAUUAUCAUUAUAACAUAAAUCAGGGUUUCCUAAACUCUUUUAUAACACAAUCCUGCGCGAGUUCUUUAAGAAAACUUGCAAAUUCUUGAAGAAUGUACUACUCAUUUUACAAAUAUUUACACAUCUUUAUUAGAAUUGCACAGAGCAGCAUACACCUUUAAUAUUUUCAUUUUUAGUUAUCUUUAUAUGGAAGAAGAAAUAAAUCUUCAAAAAAUAAAGGAGAUCAAUACUUAUGUGCUAAGUUUGGGAAAUCCUGUGAUAUAUAUAUUAUAAAGUAGUAUAGAUACAAUAUUAAUAAAUUGUAAAAUUAUACUAAAAUGUAUAUAAAAUUAUAUGACACUCGGCUAAUUUUAUUAUUAUUGAAUAUCAAUACACUAUCCAGUAGACACAAGUAAAAAAAAAAAGAAUAAGCUCCAAGUAUUUUUCAUGAGUUUUAUUUAUAAAUA